CUGGCGGGGCGGUAGACGCGCCAGUCCGAACCGGAGUGGGUCCGAGGCGCAGCCCGAGCCCGCCAUGGAGCAGCCCAGGAAGGCGGUGGUGGUGACGGUCCUGAGGGGUCAGAGUGGGAAAUCCAGCCACGGUUCGAACAGCUGUUUGGCGACCGUGGAAGGGAAGCCGGGGCUGGUCCUGGAAUACCUGGGGAGAUGGAAGAGGCCACUCACCUGCCUAGCAGGGUUUGGCCCUUUUGGGGAACACACUGUAAACGCCAGCUGGAUUGCGGUUCAGGAGCUGGAAAAACUGGGCCUUGGCGACAGCGUGGACCUACACGUGUACGAGAUUCCGGUUGAGUACAAGACGGUCCAGAGACUCAUCCCUGCCCUGUGGGAGAAGCACAGUCCACAGCUGGUGGUGCACGUGGGGGUGUCAGGCAUGGCAACCACAGUCACGCUGGAGAAAUGUGGCCACAACAAGGGCUACAAGGGCCUGGACAACUGCCGCUUCUGCCCCGGCUCCCAGUGCUGCGUGGAAGAUGGGCCUGAAAGCAUUGACUCCAUCAUCGACAUGGAUGCUGUGUGCAAGAGAGUCACCACACUGGGCCUAGAUGUGUCAGUGACCAUCUCGCAGGAUGCUGGCAGGUAUCUCUGUGACUUCACCUACUACACCUCUCUGUACCAGAGUCACGGCCGCUCAGCCUUUGUGCAUGUGCCCCCGCUGGGCAAACCAUACAACGCGGGCCAGCUGGGCAGGGCACUCAGGGCCAUCAUCGAGGAGAUGCUGGGUGUCCUGGAGCAGUCGGAAGGCAAAAUCAGCUAUUGCCACAAACACUGAGGGCCACUUGGUCUCCCGAGACCUCGUCCCGCCAGGGACCCCAAGAGGGACAUCUGCCUUUCAAGGCCUGGCCACGAAACACAAGCUCAUCUGCUGGGGGGGAUCCGAUUUGGAUGAGAUGUCGUGAUGGACACACCUCCUCUUCCUUCUUCUCUGCAAAAGCUCCGGUUGGUUUGAAGGAAGCAGCAGAAGAUUUUUUCUCUAUUCCCCCUUGCAUUUGGGGACACAGUUACUGUGGCCACCAGGCCCAGGUUUCCCCAGAAAAUCUUGGUCCAGCGGAUCUACGCCCUGCAGCCCCGCGGCCAGUGCCACCUGUUGUCUGCUUUUCUAAGUCUGUCGGUGGAGGGAUUCCGGAGCUCACUUUAUGUCCCUGACUGGUUUUCCCCACACUGAAAAGCUCUGUGAAGAGUCUCUGCCUUUGAACUGUCCCCUGACGGCCUGGCAGCCCAGAAAAGGCCGCCUUGGGGUGCGGCUUGACUUUUUUUCUUUCUUUCUUAUUCUCUUUUUAAAAACAAUAGUGCUAGUUUGGGUGCAGAGUAAUUUAUAUUCCCUUUGGUUAAACGCAGGCUUUAGCCACCAACAAAAGUGUCUUUUCUUUGUCCUGGGCUGUGCCCCCUUCUGUCUCCUGCCCUGAAAACUGGAUUUAAGAUCUUUGUUCCAGAGCCCCUUUCGCUCAGGGCAUGGGGCCCAUGGCCAGGCCACGGAGUGGGGCUGCUACCCUAGGUGUGGCCAUAAAAGGCUCAGCCCUUUCAACACCCAAGCUAUGAGCUGUGCCCACAGAGAUAGGGUCACCAGUAGAACUACAGAUUUUGUCUGCUUUCAACUUUGGUUUGGAAUACGUAAAACUUCAUAGCAACUGCAAACCCACCGAAUGUCUGGCCUGGAUUUUCAAGGUCUUGCUGCUGGGGGCAAGUUCCUUGUUUCCUUUAAGGGGUGCUCUACGAAACAGGGGCCUGGGGGCCAGAGUUUGCAGAGCUCUACAUGUCUGGGCAUGUUUGAGCAGGAGGAAGACGGGGCAGCCAGCGUGUUUUUCUGUAGAUGGUUUUUGGACACUCGCCCAGGAGUUAGGAGUAAAUUUUUAUCUCACCCUCUGCAACUUUGAACUCCCCAGGCAGGGACAGGGUGACGUCCCUCAGUGGGUAGCCACAUUCAGCAGGACCAUGACACCCUCAGACAGGGAGAGAGGGGUGGCCUCAACACAGGGAAGGCAAUUGAGCAAAAUGCACAUUUUGGAAACCGUUUUCUAUUUUUUUGGUGGAAACGUGGUUUUACCGUCCACCCCCCGCUGCAAGUGUGACACGGCUGGGAUCGGAAUCCACCUUGGAUCCCACUGGUGUUUCCCCGGCGUUCGGUUCUUUUUCAAACAACUGAGACUUUUGCUUUGUUUUGUUUUCUUCAACAUUCACCUUCUUUCCUGCAUGUUCCCAUGCCGGCAGUCACUGCCUCUGCUGAGCUGCUGCACAGUUUGGGACCUGGGUCGUUGGGUUUCUACGAAAUGCGUUUUCCAAGUUGUGAGGGCUUUCUCUGGAGGGGAAGGUGGGGGCUGGUGGGUGACUCGGGGCGGGUGCGGACGUGGCCAGCAGGUGGGAGCCAUCUGCACUCCGCAGCUCCCCCACGCCGGCCCAGCCCAGCCCUGGCUGGAAGCACCCUGUCGGCGUCCCCAGUCCGCACUCUGGGUCUCCUGUGGAAUCUAGAUGUCACUGCAUCUGCCAGGUUGGUUUCUGUGCAUGGAAGCUGUGGCUCUUUUGAAGGGAGUGGACAACUCCAGACUCGGGGUUCCCCCAGAGAUCUUGCUCACACAGCGUCAGGCCUCAUCUAGCUCUUUGCUCCAAGGUCCGAUCUGGGGCACCCCGAGGAGAAAACAGGUCUUGGCAAGACGGGGAAGGAAGAGAGGUGGGGACUGAGCCAUCUGGGCUGAGCUGAGCACCUGCCCCCUCCACAGCUCCAUCUUUCUUGGGUCCUCAUUUCAUCUCUGCGCUUAAAGCACCGCGUGACUUAGCUCUGUAGAGAGAGAACUUCCUGUCCGACCGCUGUCAAGUGUGUGCGUGUCAUCUUCGUGUGCCUGGGACCCUUCAGCUUUUCCUCAUCAAGUCGAACCAGAAUCUCAUCCUGCUCCAUAAAGCACAGCAUUGGGCUCAUUUUUAUUUUCUCUUUGUUAAUUUUUUAAAAAUCUUUUUCUGUUGGUGGAACUCAUCUGUGGACUCCAUGGCAUGUCUGUCUGCUUUUGGUGGGUCUGGGCUUAAAAUGUCCUCAUUUAAGGAGGCAGGUGGACCAAGUCCCAUUCCCUCUCCUCUCUCAUUUUCAGAGGGAGGGAGGGGUGCGCAGCCCUUGGCAGGUGUCUGGGAGCGAGGUGGGGGUGAGGCAUGGAAGGAUGGGCUGAGGAAUGUGGCAGGAGGAGGGAGUGAUGCUGGUGGGGGCUUUCCUGAUGAGAGCCUGUGGAGAGUGCUGAGUGGGGGACGGGGGUACAGGGACAGUGAUCGGGGUAUCUGGUGUCCUAACCAGCCUGGUGAUGGCAUUGUGUUUAAGAUGCCAGAGCUUGUGUACCUCUAUUCCUUUAUACCUUCCCUCAGCCCUUCAGUGCUCCCAUGUCAGUGGCAUGUGUGUGAGGAUGCAGCUUGCAAAAAAAAUAAGACAGAGAGGAAGGAAAGAAAGGCAGGGAUGUGAGGUUGCUAGACGGAGCUUGGUGGCACUGAGCCCACCUGUCCCAACCAAGGGGUGGAACAGCUGAGAUCCCCGAGGCCACUUGGAGGGGCCAGUCUGGGCUGGAAUGGGAUGGGGGUGGGGACUGACAUCACAGCCAAAUCUUUAGGGGGAAAUGUGCCAGAUGGCAGACAUUUCAACAAGGAAGAGAAUCCCCUGCUCUGCUCUUUGCUGGCAUAGAAACAUCUAGAACAGAAAGGAUCCACUAUGGCAGAAUCAGGUUGCCUUUUUGUUUAGAGGUUUCUACCGAGAAGCAAGACCAGCUUGCGUGUGUACACCCUCGGGCCUGUGCCCCCAGCGGUAACCAGGCGGGGAGGGGGUGCGGGCAGCGGCUUGUGGAAAUCUAUGUGCCCCCCCCACCUUUUUGCUCAACACUGUCUAGACUGUCAACCUGUGACCUCCCUGUCCCUUGUAGUGUCUGAACCCAGAAGUCCCCUUCGGGGAUAGCAUCACAAAGCCCCAUUUUUCCCCAUGGCCUCAGCCUCUACUCUCUGGAAGCUCUUGCGAUGCCGAGGUCACGUGGGCCACUGAUGGUGGUUGCAGAGGCAGAGGCAGGGUAACUGCCAGGUCACCCUGUGUGGCCACGAAUCUCACAGCAUCCACGCACAAGAGGGGGCAGAAAAGGGUUUUGUUUUUAUAUCCCAGAUACAAUUUCUCUUCCCCGGGCACCAGUGCCUCCUGAGGGCCUAGGGCUGCCAGCUGGGAGGAGAAACAUCUCUGUUUUUGCAGCGAGGAGGCAGAUGGAGGGCUGCUAGGGUUCCACUUAGACCCUUGUGCCCAACGCCCAUGUCUGGAAAGGUAAUUCCUGGGUGGAUGCCAAACACACUUGCCAAGAGGCUCUCUCCCCUGGUUUUGGGGAUAGUUGUCACAAGCUGAGUGUCAGGGCCUCCCAGUCCAACCACAAACUGCACCUCCUCUCCCAAAUCCUUUUCUCCUCCCCCCUCACUCCCUGGAGCCCCCUCCAAUUGCCCAGAGACCCACAGAAGUGCCUGCCUCUCCAAUACUCGUGACGCACAAAGCAGGGUGACAGGAAUCAGCCGUUGGGAGGUGGCCAUGGCUCCUGACUACCCAGGCCCAGGUCACCCCAGCCAUUUGCAGGAUGCAGUCUGGGGCCCAGAGGCUUUUGUGUCCUGAUAUUGUGUCUUAAGGAAAUCCCCCGGGAGCCAGUUUCAAAUAGUGCUCUCUGCUGGCCGAGGCCUGCGGUAUCCAGCCCCUAGCUGGAGGCCAAGAAGGCCACACUUGGGCCUUAGGAAGUUCACUCUAUGCCUGCCCAGGGAGUACCUGGCUUUUUGGGGGGGCUCCCCCUACAUCUCAGGUUUCUAUCUUGCCCUAAAUUACUCUCUAGGAAAAACUCUUCUUGCUGAAGGUGACUGUGUUUUCUGUCCCCAAAGGAGGGCCCGUCCCGUCCAGCCUCAGCCUGGCUUCUUCCCGACACCCAGAACUCCAGCCAGUGCCUUGUCUGAAACCCCCAUGUCUGGGACCCCCGGGCAGAGAAGGGUCUGCUGGACUCUGCUUGGGGCUGGGCCCUGGGAGACCCCAAACUUGACACCCCAGAAAGCAAAUAAAACAGUUGAAACAUGUCA